AUGUCCGAGACAUCAAGCAACACCACUUCCGAUGCCGGGCCUCGUUUCGUCUUCAGCCUCCAUCGUCUUCAUAUCGAGUACAUCAAGCCUGCUUUCAAAGAAUUCAAGUCCCACCCCUCCGAGCCAACAGAAAAGUUAGCACACCUGUCAAUUUCCAAGCCUUCUGGAGCAAGCGAGGAAGUGUCAAAACUUCCCCUCAAAGCAGCUCUCGAGGCAGUACAUUCCUUCAACCAAAAGAAACGUGGCGACCUCAGCUACUAUCAACAAGAAGCACUCCGUGAAUUGGAUGCCUGGAGCGCCGAGAAUGUUGCACCCCACAUAACAGAUACCGAUGUCAACAAAGAAGAGGUGAGACUAUUGAUCCUCACUUACAGCAGACUGUUCUUCCUCUCGCGACUUGAAACAAGCAAUAUUCAAUUCACUUUUGAGAAACUCAAGGAUCUAAAACUUGGCACCUAUUAUGGAGAACAGAUCCACGAAAAAGGUACAAGAAUCGAAAUACGCGUUCACCCGAGCGACUGGACUUCUUACAAGGGAGUGAAAGAUCAUUCCACUGCCUUGCUGGGAACUUUGUUUCACGAAACUACUCACGCAUAUUUCGCCGCAUCUUGCUGUGUACAUCACAGAACUCCAUCCUGCAGGGACAAGGAUCGUCUUCGCCUGUGGCAUCCCGAAUCUCAGCACCCUUUUGCUUGGUUUGUUCUGGCAGCUGGUACGGAGAUUGCGUCGCAUCGACUGGCCGAUAUGGGAACUGACUUGGCUGUGUUCUGUUCUCUGAUGUUAGACUACAGGGACACUAAAGUCAGAGCAUCUGCAGGGGAGUGGAAGCUGUUCUUCGAACUUUAUUCGUGGGAUGAAAUUGACUAUUUGAUCAGCAAGGUUUUCGAGGAAGAUUUUGAGAUGAUGGGCAAGUACCUGGCGGAGCAGGAAGAUGUCGUGCAUGUCUUUAUGGAUGAGUACAAGAAGGCCGAAGAUUGUCGACGGGRUAGAUUAAACGCACAUUAUGGACGUUUGUAA